AUGCGUUCGGUCUGCUCUGGCAGACCUGCAACCGAGACCAACAACACGGUCAGCACCAGCAUACGGAGAUCUGUCAUCGGGAUUGUCAUGAUCGACUACUCCUUGGUUGCCUACGAACGCCAAUCCCCACAAUCUCUCUCUGUAUAUACAUGUGCAAUGCAACGCGAGGCGAGUCGAGGCGAUGCAAUGCAGCCCGUACCCACGGAACUACCGGAUACGCAUUUGCAACCACCGGGCCUGGUUCCUGUUCGGCAGUCAAAACAGCCGUCCAGCGUAUUUUCAAAGUUUGAGAAUAUUCCAAUGGAACCCUACGAAGUGUGCGUGUUCUCAGAUGGGCCCUUCCAG